AUGUCCUACUGUAAACCGGUCACCACUCCGGUUGACACCUCCGCCAAACUCCACGCUGAAGUCGGUGCUCCUGUUGCUGAUCCGUCAUUGUACCGUAGUCUUGUCGGCGCUCUCCAAUAUCUCACCUUCACUAGGCCAGAUAUCACAUAUGCUGUCCAAAAAAUUUGUCUCUACAUGCAUGACCCUCGUGAGCCCCACUUCACCGCCAUGAAACGCGUCCUCCGCUAUCUCAAAGGAACCAUCUCUGAAGGGCUACACAUCACUCGCUCCAAGACAACGACACUCACUGCCUAUACUGACGCUGACUGGGCUGGUUGUCCCAAUACACGCCACUCCACCUCUGGCUUUUCCGUUUUUCUUGGUGACAACCUAAUCUCCUGGUCCUCCAAGCGCCAACCCACUGUCUCUCGCUCUAGUGCUGAGGCCGAGUAUUACGGUGUUGCAAAUGUUGUGGCCGAAACAAUAUGGAUACGUAACCUUCUCCUUGAACUUCAUUGCCUUCUGAACACGACGACACUAGUAUACUGCGAUAAUAUAAUCGCCGUCUACUUCUCUACCAAUCCGGUCCAACACCAACGCACCAAGCAUAUAGAGUUAGACAUCUUGUUUGUCCGUGAACGGGUUGCCAUGGGCUAG